AUGCGUCUCUCUAUUUUGAAGCCUUUAGUUCUGGCUCACCUAUUGAGCCUGGGUAUUGCCCAAACACCAGAUUCAACAGAUCCAGCUACUACUGCGGAAAGCAUCGCAAUUCCACCGACAUCCUCGACAUCUGAGAGUGAGGAUGCCUCUAGCGACAGCACAGCUCAGCCGACAUCUGCACCCGCAGGUGGAGGAGGGGGGGGCUCAAGCAACUCCUCACUUGGUCCUCCCGACGUUCAUCUCAAAGUACCAGAACUCUCUGUUGGCCGCAUUGAGCUAGACGUCGACAAUCUGCAUGCAGACAUCAACCUCAACGCGGACAUUGCGAAGCUUGUCCAGAUCAAUGCAGGUAUUCAAGUCGGCAUCGACAAAGUCAACAUCACCAUCGCAGAUGUAGAGGCCGAACUUGAGCUCGUUGUCCGUUUGGGCCACUUGGUCGAGAUUGUCAACCGCACUCUGGCUUCUCUCGAUCUUAACCCGGCUCUCAUCAAUUUGCUCGACUCGGUCGGCGACAUUGUUGAAGGCGUUAUCGGCGCUGUAGAUGGUCUCCUUGGCUCUAUCACCCAGGGCGACACGAAACUCAAUUUCCUCAUUGAUAAUCUUGGAAAUAUUGUGCAAGAAGUUACAAAAACAGGCAGCGAUGUUGUUAGCUCGAUUAUCGGAAACUACAAGCAAAACAUGACCUUCACUGGCGAUGAAAAGACUUUGCAAAAUGGUCUUACGCAGCGGACAUAUGAGUACAAGGAGCUCAGUGCUCUGGUUAACAUUGUCUUCAAUAAGGCAGGCCAGAUUGUUCAGGCCAUGGUUGUGAAGGGCGGCGGUAGUGGUUCUGGCAGUGAUGAAGGUGAUGACGAUGAACCCAGUGGCAGUCCAACUGCGUCGCAAACAGUAACGGCUACCUCUACUCCCAGUCAAGCUAUAACAGCAUCUUCUUCUUAGUGAAGGAUCACACUGUAUCACGUUUAGACACCAGAUUGAUAAAGUAAUAACCAUCACCAUCUUCUCAAAAA